GGUCAGGCCUAGGGAGAAUGGAAAACUUCGGGAAGGCUCCCCUUUGGUGCGAACGAGGCAGUGGGGGGCGGCGUGGAUGAUAACGGUUACGGCCCCGCCUUUCCCCAACCGAGCCGGGGCGGGGGAGAAAGUGGGCGGGGCGCAGCCGCAGUCCGGCGCUUCCGCUGCGCUCGUUAUCUCUCCCGUAACCGGUCCGUUCACCCCCUGCCCUAGCCCAGGCUGCCCUCGUGGGGGAGGGGCGUCGCGUGCCUCACCUGUUUCCGGACUCCGCCUGCCCUGGGCUGGAAAUUGUUUUGUUUUCAUAGGCGCCUAAAGGUAUAAAGAUGUCUGACAAGACCAAGAAAAAAGCAGCUAUCAAAGCUUCAAUUAUUGAGCAGCUAUUGACAGAAAAGAAUUUCCAAGAUCUUGGAGAUCACCUGACUGAGCUAGAAACUUUUCACAUGAAUAUAGAGCAUCUCCAAGAAACAGAUAUUGUGAGAGCUGUAUACAGAGUUUUGAAACAUUGCCCUAUAGUGGUUUUCAAAAAGAGAGCCAAGUGUUUACUGUCCAAAUGGAAAACACUUUAUAAAAAUCAGUGUUUUCAACCAAUGAAUAGUUCCAAUUUUUAUCUCAAAGAUACUAAGGAAAACACUGAACUUGUUAGUCUAGUUCAAGAAGAAAAUUCCCCAUACCCAAGUCAAGAACAAAUAUUAGAAAUAGCAAAUUCUAACUCUGUGUCACUACCCCAAGAUGUUGCAAAAGAUGUUGAAAGGAUCGUGCCAGAAAACAGUGCUGCCCCAGAAGAACAUUUUGGGAGUCAUGACCCUAAAUCCACUGGCAGCAGAUCAGCUUGGCAUGAAGAUCCCACAAGAGCUAAAUGUGUAGAACUUCUUUAUGGAGCCUUAGUUACUUGUGCCACCGACCAACAGAAAACUGAUUGCUGGCACAAAUUGGCAAGAGAAAUUGAGGAGUGUGUUUUUGCACUCUAUUCAAAAAAUCUCAGAAAAUACAAGAAUUGCAUCAGAAGCAAAGUCUCAAAUUUGAAAAACCGAAAAAAUCCUCAUUUACAACAAAAUCUGUUUUCUGGGAAUUUGUCUCCAAAAGAAUUUGCUGAAAUGACAGUCAUGGAAAUGGCAGGUGAUGAAUUAAAGCAGUUGAGGGCUUCAUACACAGAGUCGUGUAUACAAGAACAUUAUCUUCCUCAAGCGGCUGAUGGCACACAAACAAACAAAAUAAAAUGUAGGCGUUGCGAGAAAUUUAAUUGCAAGGUCACCACGAUUACCAGAGGAACACUUUUCCUUCCAAGUUGGGUUCUCAGGGCAAACCCAGAUGAACAAAUGAUGACCUAUGUCAUAUGUAAUGAGUGUGGGGAGCAGUGGUAUCAUAGCAAGUGGAUUUGCACCUGAUUAUGAUGAAACAUUAAUAAUUUUAAUAAAGACAAUUUUUGUUUA